ACAAAAAUUAUGUAAAAUUAUUUUAUAAAGAUGUAUUAUUUAUUAUGUCCUUGUUUUGAAACAAUUCUUCGUUUGAUGUCAAAAAUCAAAUUAAAGUAUGUUUGCAUUUGUAUUGGUCUUAUUACAGUACUUGAUUUUUUUGGAGCAUUCACACAUUUAUUUGAAAUUACAUAUGACUCAAAUUUUGUUUAUCCAUAUGAAGGUGAUGUACAUGAAUUUGUAAAUGCAUUACGACAUAAUGAAAAACCUAGUAUUGAACCUAUAAAUGAAUAUAAAUAUAAAUUUUUACUGAAUAAUCAACAAAAAUGUGUAGAUGCUGCACAUAAAAUUUUUCACGUUGUGUACAUAGUAAAAUCUGCAAUAGAAAAUUUUGAAAGGAGAUUAGCAAUUAGAAAUUCCUGGGGUUUUGAGAAAAGAUUUUUUGAUGUACCUUCGAGAACAAUCUUUAUGUUAGGUAUAUAUCCACAUAAUGAUGAACUUCAAGCAAAGGUAAAAAUUGAAGCUGCAAAAUAUAAAGAUAUCAUACAAGCAGAUUUUAUAGAAUCAUAUUACAAUAAUACAUACAAAACUAUGAUGAGUUUUAAAUGGUUAGUAAAAUAUUGCUCUAAUUCAAAAUUUUAUAUGUUUGUUGAUGAUGAUAUAUAUGUUUCUGUAAAAAAUGUUUUAAGAUUUAUAAGAAAUCCAACUAAUUAUCCUGAUUAUUUAAAAGAACCUAAAAAAUUUGAUAUUCAUAAAAGAGAAAUUAAAAGUAAUGAUGAAAAAAAAGAAUUAAAUAAUGAUAUAAUUACACAAAAAAAUAUACAUAUUCUUGAUAAAAAGGAUUUAUUUGUUUAUGAAAAAUUAAAAAAAACAGUUUUCAGGGAUCAUAUUAUAUAUGGAUUAAAACAAGAUACUUAUAAUAAAACUCUAAAAAUUAAUUAUAAUAAAGAAAAUAAUACAAAAUUAAAAUUUAUUCAGGAAGAUAAUCUAAAAAAUGAAUUUAUAUUGAAUAGAAUAAAAAAACAAGUUUUUGAUUUUGAACUUCCAGAAGAUAUUAGAUUAUAUGCAGGAUUUGUAUUUAUAUCUUCACCUCAUCGUCAUAAAUCUUCUAAGUGGUAUGUUUCUCUUAGUGAAUACCCAUACCAUUUAUGGCCACCAUAUGUUACAGCUGGUGCAUAUAUACUGUCUAAAGAAGCUCUUUUAGAUAUGUAUUAUACUAGUUUUUAUACUAAGCAUUUCAAAUUUGAUGAUAUUUUUUUAGGCUUAGUUGCAAAAAAAGCAAAUAUAGAACCUUUUCAUUGUGAAGAAUUUCAUUUUUACAAAAAAGAUUAUACAAAAUUUAAUUAUAAAUAUGUAAUAACUUCCCAUGGAUAUGGUAAUUCAACUGAAUUAUUGAAUGUAUGGAAUGAACAAAAAGCUCUUGGUAAUGCCUAAAUUUUCAAUUGUAUUCAAAAUAUUUUUAUUAAAUGUUUUAAAUAUGAAUUAAAUGUUUAAAUACAUAAAAAAUAAGUAACAAAAUGAUAUUUAAAAUGAUAAA